AUGUUAAGAAUCGCAACUGGUGAUAAAUUACCAUGUAAUAAUCCAUUACGGUUUAAUAGGAAAUUACCAAAUCAUAUAUUAUUACCACUUGAUGAAAGUUUAGAAAACGAAAACGUAUUGUCGUCUAAUGAUCAUUUUCCAAUUAACGAUUUACUCUCAUUUGAUGAUAAUGAUAUAACAAAUGAUAAUGAAUCAUCAAAUAACGAUGAUUUACCAAGAAAUAUUACCAGUUUAUAUGAAGAACAAAUAAUCUGUAGAAGGGAAUAUGAUAUUAAAAUCACCAAAACUCGUCGUACAUUACAAAAAAUAGAAAAUGAUCUUAAUGAU